AUGAAACUUUUAAUUGUAAGACUAGUUAUUACAGUUUCUUUGCCUAUCUUAGUUGGAGUUGCACUAGUCUUAAUUGUCUUCUACUCAAAUCUUAUGGAUGCUCUUUAUAGAUGGGAAUAGGAUAGUGCUUCUUGGAUAAACUAGACACAAUAGCAAAUACUUUAUAAUUCCUUAUUUUCUUAGCAAAUUAUUUCAUAGUAUAGCUUCAAUUAAAUGUAAAUUCAUUUGAUGCUUAUGAAUAGUUUAAUAUCUAAGUAUAACAAUGGAUAAAUUAAAGUUAACUAAACAACUUAGUCUGCAAAAUGCUCAUUAAGGGAACUAAUAUUUAAUGAGUGCCCUUACUAUAUUUAUACAUUAUUAUCUAAAAAUGAAUUAUAUGUAGAUUUAUAUUUCGUCAGAUCUGUGUUUAAAUUUGAGCUUUUAACUAUUGAGCAAUAGAAUUUCAUUCUUAUGAAUAACAUUCUUUCAUUUUAUUCCAGAGCUUCUUAUCUAGCUACUUAAAAAGAAGGAUUAUUAGUCAUCAAAAGUUUUUAUAAUUCAGACACAACUUCAGUACUCUCUGCUGUUCCUUCUAGCUAUAAAAACGUUACUAAUUCUUAGUUCGAGUAUUGUUUAGGUAGUAAUUUUAUAGAGCCUUUUGAUCCCAGAUGCAGACCUUGGUAUUUAUUUUCACAAUAGCAUAAAGGUUACUUUUUUUAUGAACCUUACAGAGAUGCUGUUUUAGGAAAUCUAAUCAUGACCCUUUCUAGCUAAGUUAGCAAAAACGGUUAAUUUUAAUCUGUAAAUAGCAUAGAUUUCGAUAUGAUUGAAAUUACGAAAUAAUCUAACACUUCUUAAAUGGCAAAUCAAUACUCAGUUUUAUUCCAUGAAUUUAAUAAUAUAGUGUUCUCACAUCCUUUACUUUCAGACUAAUCGUUGAUAUCAUGGCAAGAUUUAGAAUUUCUUUAUAUCUUAGACAAUAAACUCAUGAAUUAGUUUGAAUAUGAUCAAGUUUAAGAAGAAAAAAACAUUUUUACUUCACAACUCUUAAAUAGCAUAGAAUUUAUAAAGCAAGGAAACUACUCGAUUUAAUAGUAGAUUAACCUUGAUAAACUAUUACAAUAGUGGUCGAAACUUGGCGUUAAAUAUCUAAGUUUAGUUUUUCCUAUAAAGAAUCCAAAUAUUUAAUUCCAAAAUCAAGAACCUUAUUCAAAUUCAAUUAUACUUCUAGCAAGAGUAAUAGUAGAUGAAAGCGAUGAUCUUAAGCUGUUUAAUUUACUGAAUAUCAACUAUAUUAAGGUACCUUUGAUUAUAGAAUUCGUAUUAGUGUGCUUAGCUGUAUUUAUCUUUAUUGGGAAUUAUGGAUAUUUUUAAAUAUAAUAAGUGUAAAAACCUAUAGAAAUCCUAAUAUAAUUUCUGAAAAAAAGUCUUUAGUAAUAGCACCAGUGCUAAAUAUAAUUUUAUACAAAGAGAGAGGAUAAAUAAACCAUUCUCUAAAGAUUUCAACCAACAAAAAAAAACUUGUAAUAAAAUUGCUGUAAAAAACAAAUUAAAUUAAAAAAUGAAGAUCAAACAAAUACACUAUUCUCACCUUCACAUGUAGAAACUCCAAUUUAAACAACUUAUAAUAAUUUAAAUAACUUGAUUGGCAAUGAUAAAAAUAUCGAUUAACAAAAAACGAUGCUAAUAUUUUCAAAAAAUAAUCUUUUGAGCAGGAAUAAUGUCGAAGAGCCAAAUAUAAUUGAUCAAUUAGACAGUUUUGCUGCAAAAACUAAAAGAUAGAGGUACUAUUCCCAGUAAAAUCCUCGAUUAAAUUCGACAAAAAACUCCAAUUAAUUUUUUCAAAACUUUGAAUCUAAUACUGAAUUUACUAAUUUACCAAGAGUAAAUACAGUAAAAAGUAUUAGGAAUAAUUAUCCAGAAUCUUAGGUUAGUAUCAGAAACACUUCAUAAAGUUAGACUUCUUAAGACAGAAAGAAGGAAGUUGAUAAAGAUAAAAUACUCUAAGGUCUAAAGCCUUUAUUUUUAGAGAUGAAAAUUAUCAAAUAGGCAUUUCAAAAUUUGGAACGGUUAAUCAAUUAUUAGAUAGACUCAAAUACACAUAAUUCAUAAGAUAACAUGAAUACCUUAUAUCAUUUCGCUAAAGCUAAGAGCACAUUUUAAAGACUGUUAAACGAGAAUGGUUUAAGUCGUUGUUAUUUUAAUUUAGGUAUUAUUUACCUUUUGAAAAAUGAAUAUAGCAUUGCCUCUUAGUACUUUGAAUCUUCAGUUUAAUUAAAUUUAGCUUUACUUGGGAUAGACUCCUUGAAAUAAAUAAACGAAAAUUGCAUGUUAAACUGUGAGGGAGAUUAGGAUAACUGGCUUCUCAUUUUUAGCAAGAGAAUUUUCGCUUUUGCUUAUAGUUAAAAGUAAAUAGCUUUUGAUAUAUCAUACAACAAAUUAGAAAAAAACAUUAAUAAAAACUCUUCAAAAGAAAAUAUUGCAUAGAAAAACGAGGAUAUUCAUAUAGAUUAAAUUUAGAAAAUAAGAUCAAACUUAAGAAAGGCUUUAGAUAUUUUUAAAGUUGUAUAAAAUCUAUUUACUUAUAAGAUUAAAUGCUAUUCAGAUUUUUUUCAAGCAUUCGUAUAUUAAGAAAUCAUAGAAAUUUUAAUUUAUUUAGAUCAAUCAUUCUAUAGCAAGUAAAUUUCAACUUAUUUAGACAAAACUAGAUUUCUACUGGAUAAAAUUUAAAUCUGUAAAUCGAGAAAUAACCAGAAUGUAUUUACCCUAAAUGAAUACAAACUAAGUGAAGAUACUUAACACAUGAUUAUAGAAGAUGAUUUAGAGUAUUUGAGCAAUUAAAACAUAAAUUGUAAUUCAUCUUCCAAAUACAAAUAAGAAAUAAAAUAUAUAAUGAUAGAUAUUAUGAAAAGUAGGUAGUUGUUUCUUUUGGGAUAUCUUGCACUUGGUAAAUAAGAGCACUAAUAAGCAUUAGAAUAUUUUUCGCAGAGCUUGGAAGAAGGAAAGUUCUACAGUCCUUACCUAAGAAAAAAAACUGUAUUAAAUCUAAUCAAAUUAUUUGAGAAAUUAUCUUUUAAACAAGAUUUUAUUGAUGAAUAAAUUCUAAAUUUUUAAAUUUCUACAAGCAUUGAUCUUACACUCUUACUUUAAAUAGAUUCAAUUUAGAAUAAUUUUGUAUUUGAUUAUUGCUUGGAAUCUAUUAUGAAAUAUAAACUUCUUUAACCUGGAGACAGAUUAAAAGUUAUAAUUUUUAAUGAAAGUCUUGAUGAAUAUAUUCCACUUACCCUAAUAUAAAGUGGCCAUCACAUUAAUUUAAUAUUAAGCACAUUACAAACUUAAGCAAAAAAAUUAUUUUAAAAUACUACUAAAAAUAGUUCUAACUAGCUAAGCUGGUAAUCAGCGCUCUUUUAAUCUCUUGAAAAUAUCUAAGAACUUAAUCAAAAAUAAGUAAUAGACCUUAGUUCAACAUGCUAAAAAAUAAAAAAAGAAUUUAGUUAAAAUAGUAGCUAUGAAAAAUUAAAAAAAAUAUAAUAAGAAAUAAAAUAAAAAUAAUAAUGCAUAGCUAAGCAAAAUAAAAAAGUAAUCAUUUUAUUCUCCAAUUAAUCAGGUGCUAAAUAGCCAUUCAAAGUUGAUAAAAAUAUUUUCUAACUUUAGAAACCGACAGUAUUGCAUUUAAUUGAUUAAUUUACAUUAGAUAUCUAAGAUUACUAAAUACAGUCUGAAUUAUUCUUUUAUGAACCUUUGAUAGAUGAAACUUAGUUAAUCUUUAGUUUAAAAAAAGUAAGAGGAGAAGAAAAUAAUAGCCAAUAAAAGGAAUUUUUUACUGUAUUAAAUCAUUUUUGA